AUGGCUAAAGAGGAUUUAUUACUCACGAUAGAUAGUGAUGUUGAAGUCGAGAAUGAUUCCGAUUCAUCUGUUGAAGAUGUGAAGAAAGAGAUUAGUGAUAUUAACCCUAACUUUGAAUUUUCAAUUGGUGAUGAGGUCGAUGAGAUCAAAGAUUGGGAUGUGGAAAAUGAUGAGAUAGCAAAAGACGUGAACUUGGAUGAGAUCAUUGAAAGGAAAAGAGGACAUUUGCCAGAGAAAGAGGAAGAGAACUCCGAGGAGGAGGCGGAUGAGGACGAGGAACAUGACGAAAUGGAGCAAGGUGGAUCUGAUGAAGAGGAAGAAGACCCCGAUGCAGAUGAGUUUUAUGAGUCAGCACCAACUAAUGAGACCAGUACCACUUUCCAGGAACUACAACUUUCACGUCCCAUCUUGAAGAGCAUACAGUCCUUGUCAUUCACAUCGCCAACUCCAAUUCAAUCGUCAACCAUACCUAUUGCAUUAUUGGGUAAAGAUAUUGUUGCAGGUGCCCAAACAGGUAGUGGUAAGACAGCGGCAUACUUGAUACCAUUGAUUGAACGAUUGAUCUUCAAAAAUGCCACUUCAACCAAAGCAAUCAUUCUCACUCCAACCAGAGAGUUGGCCAUUCAAGUCUACGACGUGGGAAAGAAGUUGGGUCAGUUUGUGAAAAACUUGAGUUUUGGAUUAGCUGUUGGUGGAUUGAACUUGAGACAACAAGAGCAACAAUUAAAAUCAAGACCUGAUAUUGUCAUUGCCACUCCAGGUAGAUUAAUCGACCAUAUACGAAACAGUCCUAGUUUCAGUGUUGAGGAUGUGCAAGUAUUGGUGAUUGAUGAGGCUGAUAGAAUGUUGGAAGAAGGUUUCCAAGAAGAGUUGACCGAGAUAUUGUCAUUGAUACCAAAGCAAAAGAGACAGACAUUAUUGUUUUCGGCCACCAUGAACACCAAGGUGCAAGAUUUGGUUCAAUUGUCACUCAACAAGCCAGUGCGUGUUAUGAUUGAUCCACCAAAGACAGUGGCAUCGAGAUUGGAGCAACAAUUUGUUCGUAUUCGUAAAAGAGAAAACUUGAAGCCGGCAUUACUUUUCCAGUUAUUGCGGAAGUUGGAUGGAAGGAUUGUGGUAUUUGUAUCUAGGAAGGAGAUGGCACAUAAAUUGAGAGUCAUUUUAGGGUUGUUGGGACUCAAGGUGGCAGAAUUACAUGGUGCUUUAACCCAAGAGCAACGUUUGGCAAACAUGAAAUUGUUUAUGAAUGACGUCAAUGUGUUGGUUUGUACAGACUUGGCAGCAAGAGGUUUGGAUAUAAGGAUAGAGUACGUCGUCAAUUUCGACAUGCCAAAAACGUAUGAAAUCUACUUGCACAGAGUUGGUAGAACUGCAAGAGCAGGGAGAAAAGGUACAUCAAUCACGUUUGUUGGCGAAAGCAAUCAAGAUAGGGCGAUAGUUAAAGCGGCAAUAAAUAAUGGAAGGAGUGUGGCGAGAAAAGUUGAUUGGAACGAUGUUGAAGCUAUAAACAAGAGAAUUGAAGAGAAGGAAUCAGUAAUAGACGAGGUUCUACAAGAGGAGAAGGAGGCAAAGGAAAUCUUGAGAGCCGAAAUGCAAUUAAAUAAGGCCAGCAAUUUGAUAAAAUAUGAGAAAGACAUUCAUUCGAGACCGAAACGAACUUGGUUCAAAAGUGAUGUUAUGGGUCAAUUGACUAAACAUGGUAAGAAAGUAAAUUCCAAAAAAAGAAAGGCAAAUGAGGAAAAGAAGGAUAAUGAAAAGAGGUCGUAUAAAAAGACUAAAGCUGAUAGAAGUAAGAAAAGUGGCAAGCGAAAGUAG